AUGGCUCAGGCGGAAAAGCAGGAAAUUCUCGGAGAACAGAAAGAAUCCUCUGGAGGACGACUUCAAGAAAAUGCGACUGCAGAAUAUAUAAAAGAGUUUAUUAGCAAAGAACUUGUGUGUUCAAUAUGCACUGAAAUAAUUAUACACAUCUCGUCACUGGAUUGUGGCCACGUCUUCUGUCGGGUUUGCAUAGAAAAAUGGAUGGUACUAAAGAAAGAGUGCCCGAUCUGUCGAAAGUCCUGCUCCACAGCUCAUCCGGUCACCGCAAUGGAUCGGACAGUCCAAAUGCUGCAUGAAGUGUUAUUCACCACAGACGACAAUGCGCGGCGAAAUGAACUACUUUCUGAGCGGCUCUGUGAGAUUAACAGUCCGACACAACUGCAUGGACAGAUUAAUUUGAUGAUACCAAGCUAUUCAGACCGUCUGAGCAUUGAGGACCAGCCACGGUUUAACAACCAGUCAAACAUGUCGAAUAACUAUUUGGACUCACCAUCCGGGAUGAUGAUAUCGAGCACAUUUGACUCGACUCCUUACACUAUUAGCUCAGACGACGAGAACAAUUCUAUUUGGCCAUAUGUGGAUGACGAAGUUAGCUCUAGCCUGACUAGUGAAGAUACAAGUAUGCAUGUAUUCACUUCAAGUCACUUUGCAGCAUACAGUGAUACCUCUUCUUCGUCCAGCUAA